UCCCUCUGUAUCAACAAAUCCGACCCACAAACCCCAGGCAAACUCCCAGUAUGUCCCCCCUCCCCUUCACCCCUCUGCUGCUCAACUACAGAGGUCGACGUUACCACGCUAGGAAGCAGGUCUUAGAUGAGAAGUACCUGGACAGGGUCGCAGUCUUCAGGUUCUUUAUGAAAUGCACAGAGUGCGGUGGGGAGAUAGCGUUUAAGACGGAUCCGGCUCUGAAUGAGGGUGGGUAUGUUGUCGAGUGAGGUGCAAAGAGGACGAUGGGAGGGAAAGGGAUGAGGGAACAGAGGAGAGUGGUGAAAGGAGGCUGGAGUGUUUGAUAGAGGAAGAGAUGGU